CACCCCGCGCCCCCCGCUCCCCCCGCCGCCCCCCGUGUUGCGGGGCGGCAGCGCGGAGGGGUCGCCCCCGCCAUGUCCGUGAACAUGGAGGAGCUGCGGCACCAGGUGAUGAUCAACCAAUUCGUGCUGGCGGCCGGCUGCGCCGCCGACCAGGCCAAGCAGCUGCUGCAGGCGGCCCACUGGCAGUUCGAGACGGCCCUGAGCGCCUUCUUCCAGGAGACCAACGUUCCCAGCAGCCACCACCCCCCGCAGAUGAUGUGCACCCCCAGCAACACGCCAGCUACGCCGCCCAACUUCCCGGACGCUCUGGCCAUGUUCUCCAAGCUGCGGACCUCGGAGAGCCUGCAGAGCAGCAACAGCCCCAUCACCUCCAUGGCCUGCUCACCCCCGGGCAGCUUCAGCCCUUUCUGGGCUUCCUCGCCCCCCAGCCACCAGCCUGCCUGGCUGCCCCCCUCCUCACCCACUGCCCACGGCCUCCACCACCACCUGCACCCCCCGCAGCCUGCCUGGCCCCCCGACCCUCCACCUGCCGCCCCCUCACAGAAAGCCGUGCCCACCAUGGAUGGCCAGAGAUAAGACUGGGUUGGCAGAGGGAAGGGAGAAUCAAGGCUGGGGGUGGGUGGGGUGCAGGCCAGGGCGUUGGGAGCAGGGGCUCCUUCAGAAACGCACUGGAAUGAUUUUCUAGGUCUUAUUAUUAUUUUUAGGGAGGGACAUGCUGCCAGGGAGGGCACCAGCCCAUGAGAGCCUCUAUCUGGUCUUUUCUCCCACCCAUUUUUUAAAAAAUAUAUAACUAUAAUAUAUAAAUAUAUCCAAUGUAUAUAAAACCAGAGAGAAGGAGGCAGCACCACAGCGGUGCUGUGGGGUGGGGGCAGUUUCCCGACAGCCUGCCCCUCCAGCAUCCUUGCAGCAGGGCAGGAAAUGGAAGCAGGGGAAUAAUGAAAAAUAAGUGGAUGGAGGCAGGUGUUGGCACCCCAGAUCGUGGCCAUGGGGACAGGGAGAUGCUGGACCCACCCCUGGCUCUGGAUUUCCUGGACGCUUGUUGCAGUGCCCAGAGCAAAGUGCACCUCUCCUCUGACUUCUGAAAUUGAGCCUGGCUUGCACAGACCCCAUGGACAGCCCCCCUUUGCUCCUCCCCUCCAGGGCUGAGGGGGAAGUGGAACUGGGGGCUGUAGUUGAUCAAGGUGGUGCCCCCCUGUCCCUGUGACCGCCGUCCAUGGCUCUUCCUUGGGAAGAGAAGAGCUGGGGGGGGGAGUUAGUUUUCAAAUCAGUAAAAAAAAAACAAACAAAAAAAGGAA